AUGGACUUUGCCCUGAGUUCAUUCCGGCAGGGCCCAGUGGGGCGCUUGCCCUUCCUGAAGGCAGACGAGCAGCCGUCGAAGGCGGCGUUGCGUGUCAACUUCCAGCCGGCCAAGGGCGAAGCGCCCCAGGAGCGGAAGAAGAAGUACCUGACGGCCAAGUACGGCCAGCACCAAAUGAGCCUGAUCCGGAAGCGGCUGAGGGUGGAAAUGUGGAUCUUCGACCAGCUGCAAGCCCUCUACGGCCAGCGGGAAGAAGAUAAAACCCCAUACAAUGUGGAGAUAGACCUUGAUGAGCUGCUAGAUAUUGAAGGUGAUUUCAACAGAAAAGCAUGGCUAGGAGGAAAAGUAAUAGGAACCAAAAAGUCGGAAGAAAACGUUGAAAAAUUCAUCAGUGAGUUGCUCCUAAGAGCAAAAACAUUGUGA